GAGAAACGUCACUUUAGCCGUACCCUUCUCAACCUGCAGGAAGCUUAAAAGCCUAAAACAAACAAACCGCUUCAACAGCGCUCAAAGCGGUCUCGACGGUCAUCGUUCAGCAGGCUUGCAAAUAGGUGUUUUUUUUUUUUGUUGUUGUUGUGGAGAAUGUCGUCUUGCCGAACAGGAUCGUGGAUGUUUGCUGCUGUCGCAGUGACAGUAUUUCUAUUGGAUAAUGUUAUUUUUGCUGAAGCUAAGAAUUUUGAGGAUGUCCGCUGCAAAUGCAUCUGUCCGCCUUACAGGAACAUCUCUGGGAAUAUCUAUAACAUAAAUGUCACCCAGAAAGAUUGCAACUGCCUCCAUGUUGUGGAUCCCAUGCCGGUUCCUGGCCAUGAUGUGGAAGCCUACUGUCUGCUGUGUGAGUGCAAGUAUGAGGAGCGAAGCAGCAACACCAUAAAGGUGACCAUCAUCAUCUACCUGUCAGUCGUUGGGGCUCUGCUUCUCUAUAUGCUGUUUCUGCUGCUGGUUGAUCCUCUGAUCCGCAAACACGACCCCUACACUCAGCCUCUGCACAACGAGGAAGACUCCGAGGAGAUGCGUCCUCGUGCAGACGCCGGGCUGGCCAGAGGAAACACGGUGCUGGAGCGGGUCGAGGGGGCACAGCAGCGCUGGAAGAAGCAGGUGCAGGAACAACGGAAGACAGUUUUUGACCGCCACAAGCUGCUGAGUUAAAACCUCACUGCUGAACUUCAGCCGUCCUCGGCGUGACAAAUCGCUCCAGGCUCAGUACUAUUCCACCCUCACCAGCUGCACUAUUUCAAAGCUAGCUUUCAUUGAUGUGCAACGCAAUGACUGUAUAACUUAAAAACUUCAGACAUGUUUAUCUAACAAGCAGAUGGGUUGUAAUCUUGCAUAUCUCGUGAUCUGAACACUGUGAUACGAGUUAAAAUGCAGCUGUGAAAAAAAACAUGCUUUGCACAUUCUUAAGAGUAAAUAUAUUCUCGGUCAUUUUAAACUGCAGCAAAGCAUGAAGUUUUGAAUGUCUUUCGAAAAUAAGUGUUUUAGUGAUCGAUGUGAUGAGUUUUCUGCCCGUAGUUUUCUUGUUGCAUGAGUUUUAAAAGUUAUCUCACAAAAAAAAGCUCAUGGAGUUGGUUAUAAUCACAGUGCUGCGAUGAUUGCCAAAUAGUCCUUAUUUCUGAUUUGGGAUUUGUAAUUUAUUGGUCUGCUGCACUUGAGCAUGUUCAGAUUUAAUUUUGAGUUUUGUAACUUAUUGGUGUUUUUUAACCUCAAGCUGUGCCUUUUUUCUUAAUCUCUCUCACUUCGGGAAAAUGGAUUUUGUGAAAUCAAAACAAAGAUUUGUUUUUUAAAUAUUGGCCGAUCAUCACUUUCUGGAUGUAGCUGAGGGCAGUCAGCCAAGUGAUGCUUUAAAUUAGAAGCUUGGAAUUGUAUGAAGACAUUGUUAAAGUUGCCAUUUACAACACAAGCAUUCAUAAAUGCAUUAAGGGUAAGCUCAUAACAAUUAGCCUUUCAAUGAAGCUUUAAACAGAUAAGGAAUUUGAAAACACAUUUUUCUUACACAGAGCCUUCAGAGCCACGCCUCUCUAGAACAAGCUGAGCUCAAACACAAAGAAAAGAUUCAUUUUGUCCCUUUAGAUAUAUUAACAUUUGUGCUUUUAAAAGACCCUCAAAUCUUAAAUGUAUAUGAUGAGCAAUUUUAGUCUGUGGUCUGUGCUGAAUCAUUUACGGGAGGGAUCUCACAGUUUGAGGACCGAAAGCAACGGCUUAAUUUGCUGACUCUACCAGUGAUGACAGUGGUUGUGACAGGAGAGCAAAUGUUUCAGGUGAGAAAACAUUCUUCUCACUCACAUUCUGUAUUUUGUGUCCUCCAGGACAGAGGACAUGUUCAUGGAUGAUAUUGUGAAAUAAAUAUCAGGGUAGCACUCAACCACCCCGGGUAGAGUGCUAGCCUUUCAGAUCUCUAAGCUGCUGCUUUUGUUUUUGCCAUUAAUGCUCAAGUGUAAUCCACAUACGUAACAUAAUCCAGCAUAACCAGCGAUCGAUAUUGUGUUCAGCUGUUUUGUGCUAAGUUUCUUGAUUUUAUGUAUCUUAAUUUUUUUAGAUGGAAAUUAAGAUGACUGCCACGAGCAACACAUUCCAAACACAACUGAGAAAGAAAAUUACAUAAAAAUGGUGACAUAUACCAUUUAUAAAGGUCUAAUUACUCCAGACGUUAGUGUAGUGGAGCAAAAUUCACUUCCUUUAAGGGAAGAUGAAAUUGAGACCUUGAACCUUCAUUGGAGAAUGUUUGAAAACUGUCACCAAAGAGCUGAUUGGUGCGGCAGAAUCAGGACGCCUCGUGGUUAUGAAAAGAGGAUUUGUGCUUGUGUGCCAAAGUUUCUCACUGGAGGAUUUUUUUUAUUUGUCAAAGUAAGGCUCAUUUUCUCACAAAACUUUAUUUAGUUCAACCUGCUGAUGUUUUGUUAUUUGUACUCAUUUAGUUUUAUUAAUAAUUGUUAAUGUAGUUAAUUUAAAUAUAUUUUGUCAUAACGCUGCUGUUGUUGCUUUUUAUUUAUUAAUAGAAAAGGUUGUAAUGAUUUAGUGUUAUUGUGAGGCAAUCCACAGAAAAUAUGUUUUGUGCUGUUCAACAAUUACUGUAGAAACAUCGCAACAAUUUUCACUGUCAAAUUUCACUUUACAUAUGUAGUAACUACUGAUGUGUUGAAAAAAUUUCCUCUAUUUCAAAAAUGUUUUACAAAAUAAUGCUAAGGUAUAUUAAAGUUGUAUGGGUGGCACAUGGUGACAAAAUGCACAAUUCACUUUUGUUUUAUUUUUUCCUUUUAAUUUCUUUUUACGUUUCUAUAAUAUUAUCUCUACCCUCAUGCGAUCAUUGAUCCCGGUGUCUUCACAUUUAGCAACUGCAAGUUCAAUAAAGGAAAAAAAUAAUUCUCUUAA